AGUUUUCUCAUCACCAGCACCAGCAUCCAUCUCAACAAUGGCAGGCACUUAGACAUAUACGGCCGCAAAGCCACACUGGCCAUGGCGCUUUCCAUCAUGGGCGUCGAUAACUUCACAUCUGGCUUUUCCUCAACACCUUUAGAGCUGCUUCCCACGCGUGCAAUCAAGGGCUUUGGCGCAAGGGCCAUCCGUGCGUUCGUACAGAUUGUCUUCGCGGAUAUCACAAGGCCGAAGCAGCGGGACUCCUACUUGGAUAUGGUCGGGACUGUGGUAGCCUUCGGGAAUGAACUGGGCCCUCUCAUCAGAGGUACACUUACACGCAUAUUAGUGUGA